GAGGCCCUGAGAGAUGAUGGGCGGGCCCCAAGGCCCAGAGCUAGGCCAGGCAUUUCGGCAGGAGCAGGAGUUGGGGCUGCUCCUCUCCACUCUUCCAGGCAGCUGUGUGGUGGGAGAGCUCAGUCCUGCUCCCCAGAGAGGCCAGUGGGCGCUGCAGCAAGUCGCACUCAGGGUAGAUCCUCAGCCAAACUCCAACAGGAGAGCAGAGAAAGCGGCCUGUGAUCAGUGCAGUCUUUGCCAGGACUCGAGAAGGGAGGAUGCACACCCCCUUCUCCCUCUCCCCUCCUCUGUCCUGUGGGUUCCAGGGGGUGAGAUGACCCCACAGACCACACAGGUCUGCCUCUCGGGGUCCACUCAAGACCCGGUCUUUGACCCAGCCAGGACACCCUUCGCUUCCUGCUGCUUCCUCAGAGGGCACCUGAGCCCUCUUUGGGAGCUGAGCAAACAGGAGCUGAUGGGGACAGAGGAUACCACUCCCACCAGCCAAGGCCUAGGAGCUGCCGACCUGGUCAACCCUCACCCCAGCCAGGCAGAGAGGCAAAACCUGGGGGUCCCUGGCAGCUGCCAGUUUGGAAAGGUUCAUCAGCCCUCCCCUAUCUGCCCCCCACAUUGUCAGGGAAUCAGUGGGCUCAGAACCAGCAAGCGGUGCAAGCUCUGCUUUGCUGGGCCACACCGAGGGCUGGGGCCAGCUCCCUGGAUGGGGCUGGAGUCUGCCAGCAGCCUGGUGACAGCAUGUGUCCUUUUUAGGAAAUGUCCUUGGAGGAAGUGUCCAUGUGUGGCGCUGGUCAGCAGCUAGCCCUGCUUCCAGGACACUGCUCAGAGUUACCAAUGGGGCCAGGGGCUCCUGGUUAGAACCCCCUCCAGCUCCUCCCAUCUGCCCGGAGCGGCAGAUGGCACCAAUGCAUGCUGGCUCCCUCAUUCCUGCCAGGGGCCGAGGCUGACGGCCAGCACCCUGUACCUGGGACUCUGCCCCUAUUCCCCCUCUGCGAUCUGUGCUGGGAGAGGGGCUUCAGAGGGAAACAGAUAAAAGGACACUGGCACCAUCUGGGCCUGGUGGCGGGGCCAUGGGAGGUUGGGAGGCACCCACGUCCUUAAAGCCAUCAGUAGCUAUAGUGGGUGCCCACCUGCAUGUGAAGGGGAGGCAGUUCUCAAUUUAUUUCAAUAAAUACGACGUGCCAGUGACCAGAA